AUGAUCAAUCAUAUACAAGAAGCAUGCAGAUUGGAACAAAUCAAGAAGGACCCGACGAUUAUCUAUGAAGAUAACGCUGCCUGCAUAGCUCAAAUAAAAGAUGGCUACAUCAAAGGCGAUAGAACAAAGCACAUCUCACCAAAGUUCUUCUCAACGUAUGACCUACAAAAAGAAGGAGAAAUUGAUAUUCAUCAGAUCAAGUCAAGUGAAAACCUAGCUGACCUUUUCACAAAAUCACCACCUAGAAGCAGUUUUGGGUAUUUAGUGCAAAGGAUCGGGCUUCGAAGAUUGAAAGACGUUAGUUAA